ACUAUUUGCCAAUGCAACCGAUCUUUGCCACUGUCGUCUGCUUGUCGACUUCCAAUCAAAGGGUUGUCAAAAACAGUUUUUUUUUUUAACUUGGUUCAUAAAUAUUUGUUUCAUAUUUCAAAAUGAAUAUACGGUGUGCCAGACCGGACGACUUGAUGAACAUGCAGCAUUGUAACCUCUUAUGCUUGCCGGAAAACUACCAAAUGAAGUAUUUCUUCUAUCAUGGUCUUUCCUGGCCUCAACUCAGUUAUGUUGCUGAAGACGAGAAAGGACACAUUGUGGGGUAUGUUUUAGCUAAAAUGGAAGAAGACAGUGAGGAUGAACCCCAUGGCCACAUCACAUCACUUGCAGUGAAACGUUCCCACAGGCGAUUGGGAUUGGCUCAAAAGCUAAUGGACCAGGCAUCCAGAUCUAUGAUUGAAUGUUUCAAUGCAAAGUAUGUGUCCCUUCACGUAAGAAAAAGUAACCGAGCAGCACUUAAUCUCUACACCAAUACCCUGAAAUUCUCGAUAUCUGAAAUCGAGCCAAAGUACUAUGCUGACGGAGAAGAUGCUUACGCAAUGAAGCGCGAUUUGGUAUCAUUUUCACAGCAAAACGAUACGCUACCAGCAGAUGCGACUACGUUCUACGAGACUAAGACGCCCGAAGAACGUAAGCGCCUAGCCGCGAUUGCCCAAGAAAACAGAAAUAUGGAAGAAUGAAUAAAAGAUAGAAGUGACCGAAAUUGAAUUGACGGUUAAGCUGAACAUGUUUAAGACUGAAUUGUCGUGAAUACAGAUCAUCAAACCAAUUGAA